UCAGAGGAAGGCAGCGCGGGGGCGCCGGCGCCGGCCGAGCGGCGGAGGCCCAAGAAAGAGCACAUAUGUCCAAUAUGUACCAAGAACUUUAAGGACUCCACCAAACUAAAGGAGCACAUGCGGUGCCACACCGGCGAGAGGCCCUACCCCUGCAACGUCUGUAACAAGGGGUUCAUCAAAUCCGGCGAUCUGAGAAGACACGAGCGCUCGCACACGGGGGAGAAACCGUAUUCCUGCAAGCUGUGCCAAAAACUGUUCUCGGAAUCAACCACUUUAAGAAGACACGAACGGAUUAUGCAUGGCGAGAGACCGGAAGACUCACAGGUGAAAAAAUACAAACGAUCAACCAAUAUCAAGGAAGAUGUGACCGCCAAUGUGGGCGACAAACCCUUCGCCUGUGAAGUAUGCAAGAAAUCGUUCAUCCGGUCCUGCGAUCUGAAGAGACACGAACGCUGCCACACGGGCGAAAAACCAUAUUCUUGCGCGAUGUGUGAUAAACAGUUUUCGGAAUCUACCACUUUAAAAAGACACGAGCGACAGCACACCGGGGAACUGCCGAAGCCGCGCGAGAGCCUCGAGGCGAGUAUAAAAGCGCGCACGUGCCAAAUAUGCGGGAAGCUGUUCAAGAAAUCGGCUAUAUUAAAAAACCAUUUAAGAACCCACACAGGGGAGAAGCCCUACCAGUGCGCAAUGUGCGACAGAUUGUUCGCACAACAUUCCAACUUGAAAUCACACGAACGAACGCACACCAAUGAGAAACCCUACAUAUGUCACGUAUGCAAGAAGCAGUUCUCGCAACACAGCACUCUGAGGAGACACGAGCGGACCCACAGGAACGAGAGACCAUACUCCUGCGAGAUAUGCAACAAGACCUUCACGCAGGGCAGCACUGUGAAGAGUCAUAUGAGAAUACACACUGGCGAGAAACCAUAUCAGUGCGGGGUGUGUAACAGGACGUUCACCACUUCGAGUAGUUUGAGAAAACACGAACAAACUCAUACCGUGGAAACAAGCAGCGAUUGAGU